AUGGGCCUCUCUGCAAAAGAUGCUCUCCAGCUGCGGGAGGCCCUUCAAAUAGCCGUCGUCAAGUGCUCUGAGAGAUGUCUUUACCAAGCAGCAAAAUGGGCUGCCGAACUUCUUGAUGCGCUUCCCAUUCCAGAUGAUCCUUCAGUGACCAACCAGUCAGGGACAUAUGUGCAUCCCGCUUUGAUGCCAAACCAUGACCCUGCUGAAGCUGCCCUAGAGGCCAAGGAGCUCAGCCAGUACCUCCUGGCCAAGUCGUACUUCGACUGCAAAGAGUUUGAUCGUUGCUCCGCCGUCUUUCUUUCGGACUCCAUGCUCUCCAGCUUGCUGGCUACUAACCCAGAUGAUCUCCAGUCUCCUCCAAGCAAGGGAAAGGGCAAGGGCAAAGCUACCACUUCCAUCGACUUUGACCAGGGGUUGCCAAAUAUUAGCCAGAAAAGUUUAUUCCUUGCCCUGUAUGCCAAGGUUAUAUCAGGAGAAAAGCGCAAGGACGAAGAAACGGAAAUGAUCAUGGGGCCACAGGAUCUGGGUACCGUCGUCAACAAGCAGCUGAUCGUUGUCAGCCGCUUCUUGUCCAAGUGGUUUGAGGCUCGCAAGGCCGACACCCGUGGCGAAUAUCCUGCCAGCCAGGGUUUCCUUGAGUAUCUGUACGGCAUGGUACUAGCCAAGGAGAAAAACGACUCCCUCGCGAUCGAGUACCUUGUACAGAGCGUCCAUCUGUUCCCAUGGAACUGGGGUGCUUGGCUCGAGCUGACCAACCUCAUCGGCCGGGUUGAGCAGCUCAAGAAGAUUGCGCCACACCUCCCUCAGAACAUCAUGUCCUUCAUCUUCCAUGCAAAUGCUGCUAUUAACCUCUAUCAGCAGGGUGCCGACCUUGCCGCCUCCCUCAACGACCUCCUGAGCAUUUUCCCCACAUCUUCCUUCCUCCUAACCUGUAAAGCUUUGCUCUUCUAUCACUCAAAAGACCUUUACGCCGCCGAGCAGGAAUUUAGCAACAUCCUGGCACUCCAUCCUCACCGUUUAGACUCUCUCGACCACUACUCAAACAUCCUCUACGUCCUCAACAUGCGGCCGAAACUGGCCUUCUUGGCCCAUCUAUGUUCUAGCAUCGACAAAUUCCGUCCAGAAUCCUGUGUAGUUAUCGGGAACUACUACUCGCUCCUCUCACAGCACGAGAAAGCCGUGCAAUAUUUCCGUCGUGCCCUUACCCUCGACCGCUCAUGCCUCUCAGCCUGGACGCUCAUGGGCCACGAAUACGUCGAACUCAAGAACACCCACGCUGCCAUCGAGUCCUACCGCCGCGCCGUGGAUGUCAAUAGGAGAGACUAUCGCGCCUGGUAUGGCCUCGGCCAAACGUACGAAGUUCUCGAAAUGCAUGCCUACGCACUCUGGUAUUACAAGAAAGCAGCUGGCCUCCGACCCUGGGACGGCAAGAUGUGGCAAGCUGUCGGCUCCUGCCUACAAAAAAUGGGCCGCGACCGCGACGGUAUCAAGGCCCUCAAACGAGCCCUCCUCGCAGACAGCUACUACGACGCCGGCGCAGCAAGCAGCUUUGGCAGCGGCGCGUCCAUCGACCGCAUGGGGCAGAUGGAUCCCGACGUGCUCCUGCAAAUCGCCACCAUGUACGACCGCCUUGGCGAGCGCGAAGAAGCUAAAGCCUAUAUGGAACUCUGCCUUGCCCAAGAAGAAGGCACCGUUGACGCAGAUAACACCACCAAUAACAACCUCAACGACUCAGUAGCCAUGCAGCACGACUCUAUCGCGGAUGAUGGUUCCGAUGCAGGCGGUGCCGGACCCAGCGGCUCGCGCGAAGCAGGCGGCGGCGGAGGCGUAGGCACAGGCGUGACCAUCGCGACGAGCAAAGCCCGCAUGUGGCUGGCCAACUAUGCCAUGGCUGCGGGGGAUUACGAGACGGUCAACCGCUUGGCAAUGGAGCUGUGUCAGGAUGGCGUGGAAGUGGAGGAGGCCAAGGCCCUGAUCCGCGAGGCGCGGUCGCGGAUGGAGAUGACGAACCUCAUGGAGCGAUAG